UAAAAAAUGGCAUUGAAAUGACUGUCACGUCACAUUAACAACGUCAAACUAAAUGAGACCGACUAAAAGUAAAUAUUCGUGCGAGGAAUAACUGAAAAUAAUAUGAAUUAGUAAUUCUAUUUGGUUAAUUGUCAUAUUUACUAUUAUUGAAAUAACGCUACAAUGGGGAUGUUAUUUAGCUAUUUUAAGAGCCUCAUAGGUACUCGCGAAAUGAGAAUCCUGAUUUUGGGUCUAGACGGAGCAGGAAAAACGACAAUACUAUACAGACUUCAAGUAGGAGAAGUAGUCACAACUAUUCCAACGAUAGGAUUUAAUGUUGAACAGGUCACAUACAAAAACCUGAAAUUUCAAGUUUGGGACUUGGGCGGACAAACUAGUAUUAGGCCUUAUUGGAGAUGUUAUUACAGUAACACAGAUGCUAUUAUUUAUGUAGUGGAUUCCGCAGACAAAGAACGAAUAGGCAUAUCGAAAGACGAAUUAGUUCCGAUGCUUAGGGAGGAAGAAUUAUCAGAUGCAAUUUUAGUGGUUCUGGCGAACAAGCAAGACAUCCCGGGCUGUAUGUCUCUGAAAGAAGUCCACCAGGCCCUGGGGCUGGAAGCCUUGAAAAAUAGGACCUUUCAAAUAUUCAAAACGUCUGCUAUUAAAGGGGAAGGUUUGGAUAUGGCGAUGGAAUGGCUGGCGAAUGCUCUUAAAAAUCGAAAAUAACCCCCAUUCAUUGGUGUUUUCUAGUCCUUUCAUUUUCCUCGUCAUUGUAAAUUAUUUUUAAAAAAAUGUAUUUAAUAUAAUUUCGUUAUAUUUCUAUCCGUACAUAAUAUACUGUUAUUUCGAGUAGAUUAAAAUAUUGUAAUUCGUACGUUCUAAACCGUUAUUUUAUUAAAGUCGUGAUUUUUAAUACAAUAAAUUACAGGGUGAAAAUUUUUUGAAUUUGAUUAGAAGUACUUGUAUUAUGUACGGAUUUUAUGUCCAUUUGUGAACUCGUGAGGGCCCUCAAAUACUUGCCCGAUACAGUAUUGUUUGUCACAAAUAUAUAUUUUAAAUGUAUAAAGCAAAGGUGAUCCUAGUAGUAUUAAUGGUGACUGAUCGGAAAAACCUAGGCAUGAUUUUAUAAAUGAAAUUUUCUACUUUCAAAAACCACUUAAUUCAUUUAACAUGUACAGAAUUUACUCAUACAAAUAACGAAGUUAGAGAAUUAGAGCAUGAAUCAAAUAUAUUGUUAAGGCCUCAUAAUUAAAAUACUGUUAGGAUCAUGCAGUUACUUCUAAUUUUUUUCUUAUUUUGUAAGUGUAGCAGGAACCUCAAUUCGUUUCGAAUCUAUAAGUAACCGUUGCAUAUUAGCUUGUAAAAUAUUUACAUUCCUAAUUUCACUUCAUCAUGGAUUUAUUGCCCACUGUACUUUUUUCAAAAAGAUUAACUUUUGUAAUUAAAUAAAAUGUAAAUGUUU